AGCUGUGAUAUUCAAAACGCCGACACCCGACAUCUAUAUAGACCCGGGUGACUCGGAGGACGGUAUAUAUUUACACCGGCCUUCAUAGGCUUCACAAACACAUCCCUUAAAUGCUUCCUUCCGAGGACAUAAUGUUCCUGUUACACCUAGGUAAUGGUGCUACUAUGUAGCGGGUCCUUAAUAGUAAUAUAACCAAUCAUGGGAUGUAAAAGGUGAUAGAUAAAAUCACCCCGCGCGCUCAACGAACGCAUGACGACGAAUUACCCCGCCAAACCUUGAAUUCGUCUCAACACCUGCCUUACCUCUAGUUAGCUACACCUCCAGCUACCUCUCUCUAGUUUGAUUAAUCUUGACAAUUACAACAACUGUAAUAACUACAAACAAAUACGACAUUAAUUUGGAAAUUUCUGCACUUUCCCUCUAAACUAGGUAGGUAGCCAUUUCUCAAACAUCAUUUGGUCUUUACACAAACGAAGAAUAAAGAUAUUUCAUAAACUAAUACAAGAACGAGUUAGAUAUCAGAACAGAAAAGAAAAGUCAAGAUGGUCGCUAUCAGCCCUGCUUUCACUCAAGCCCAGGAGGACUCCAAGAAGCUUACCUCCAAGCCUACCACCGACGAUCUUCUCGAGCUUUAUGCCCUAUUCAAGGUCGGCAACGAUGAGGAUUUCAGCAAGGCUGAGAAGCCCGGCAUGUUUGACUUGAAGUCCAAGUACAAGUACCAAGCCUGGGAAAAGGUCAUCAACGAGGGAAUCAGCCCCGAGGAGGCCCAGCAGCGCUACGUCAAGAAGGUCGAGGAGCUGAAGGAGACGUUCGGCUUCGACGCCAACAAGGUCCCCGAGGCUGUCAAGAGCUCUUAAACUCGCUCCCUUAACCCACCCCUGCCAUAUCAGCCAUAUACGCGGCGCCGGCAAAUCAUCUCUCAUCAAAAACCUGUUUGGCUCCUUUUAGGUGGUGCCUUGGGGCUUUCUAAUCGAAUAGACUUGUUUCCCCCCUCCCUAGCGAUAGCCAGCGAAAGAGGAGAGAUCAUUUUCAAGUUAACCAGCCAGCUUACUUACAACACUUGAAAGAAAGUUAGUUGGGAAGCAUGCUCGUGCGUUGAUAUCUAUGAGCGACGUAACGCUGCGGGCGAGUUUAUAGCAAGUGAUAGAUUAAUUGAUAGAUCCACUUGAACCUGAC